UAUCGAGUAGGUACAAAGUAACCGGGUUAAAGAUAUUUCUCCCCGUAAACAUCAGGAGGAAGGCACCAAGGAUGUUUUGAAUAAACAUGAAACUUUGAAAGUGGGCCACGUGCUUUAAACACGCUAUGGAAACAUGCGAAAUGUGACUUUUAGUAUUGAUUGCAAAUGUCAAAUUCUAGUCUGGACUCUGACUUUACGAAAAUUUCUUUCGUUCUCUCAACGAUGCGCCUAUCCAACACGAGAACGUAAAUUAGUCGCUUGCUGAUUUUUCCGGAAGAAGGAUGAGUAUAAAAGUUUCCUUUAACAUAACAAGAGAAGAAACUGUUGGCGUAUUGAAAACAAUUUUCUUGUUUUUAAAUGGAUUAAAUUUAACUCAAACGGUGAAAAUUUUACAAGAUGAAUGCGCGGAAAAAGGCUACGGCGAAGUUAAAUCGGAAACGCAACAGGCACCGAAUUUUCCGAUCGCAAAAAUUAGUUUUAGUGACAAUAAGGAUACUUCAAAGCUUGAAUCUCAUCAGUCAAAGAAUUUUCAGUUAGCAUCCUCCACUGCGGUGGAGGCUAAAGAAGAUGUGGUACUCUACUGUUUAGAUCCCUCGAAACAGUCUUCCCAAAUCUAUGAUGGUAUGGAGAAGCAUCAAGAAAGGAAAUUUAACCGAAUUCUAAAAAAAUCUGCAAAAGGAUUGAGAAGUUUUAGUGGAAACUACCUUAAAAGAGAGAUACCGACGCAAACUAUACCAUUCCACAAAUCUCUUUCUGAACCUUCUCUUCAUAUUAGGUUCCAAGAAUCAUGUCAAAAUGAUGAUCUGCAAUUAAAAAACUAUAGAAGACUAAAACAAAGCUUCCAAAAAUUAGAAAGUGAACACAAAAAACUAAUGGGUGUCACUACAGAACUAACUUCAGCACUACAAACUUAUAUUAAAGGUCAAACAGAAAACUUAAAUGCAACAUUAAAUAAAUGCAAAAUUAUUUACCCGGAACUAUUCUAUUCUGGUUUAGCAGGUUCCAGGUUCAUAAAGAGUGAAGAUAGCUCUGAGCCAUUACAUCCCCUUAUAGUAAAUCCAUGUGAUAUGGCAAACGAUUCGCGAAACGUAGAAGGAACAAUGGGUUUAAUUACAAUUUUGCCUGCUCUAAUAUGUAAUUCAACGAAUGAUUGGAAUGACUCAAAUUGUGAGGAAGGAAUGCCAGAUGAGUCUACCAAAACUAGAAUAGCUGCAGAAGAUGAACCAGUUGGAAAAGAUACAUCUCAAUUUGAAAAGUUUUGCCAACAUAAUUUAGCUACUCGGUUGUCAACAGAGCUUAUAUACAAAUCAAACGUUCCUGCUUCUAUUGAGAACUAUUUUGAGUUGGACUAUAAAAAAUUAAAAGGAGAUCUGAUUAUGGGGACCGAUGAACUAAAGAUUGCACUUCUGCAAGGAUUGCGAAUGCGGAUCACAGGCAGCACCAAUGAAAUUCGCACCCAAGUGAUUCAGUCCUACGUUGUCAACGACAUACUCGAACUGAAUCGCUCAAGUUCAACAGGAAAGUUUUUAAUAGAAGUUUACUUCCCGAGCGAUACUGAAAGUUUUCAUCUUUCGCAGGAAGAACUGUCUAAAUUAAUGAACACAAUUGCUUCUCUAACAGUUGGACGAGACUACAUGUGUCAAAGUGAAGCACAUCUGUUGUAUUUAUUGUCAAUUAUUCUGAAACAUGGAAACUCGACUAUCAAUGAUUCUACACGAGACAUGUUGAUAGCUACUGCCCAAAAACUUAGUUUGAGGUAUAAGCAGCGAGUGUACAUGAUUAACUCGGGUUUUGUAGAAUACUUGCUGACAUUCCUGAUGAACCUUCAUUCGAAAAUUUCGCAUUACUGCAUGGAAAAUUCAACUGCCUUGUUAAUGAACUUAUGCUUACAUAAAGAUGCGCGGGAUCGAUUGCAUCCAUACGCUAAAGAUGUUAUAAGCCUUCUAGUAAACCUGUUAGAUAUAAGAUACAGCUUUUGUAUGCCUUACAUUAACGGCACUAUGUACAGUCUUUUAUCUGAUCCCGUUAUCAAUGAAGAAGCACAUAGAAUAAGUUUGUCGAAAUUAUUGGACUACCAUAUUAGCAAUUCGGAUGAGCAAACAAAGACAGAACUUCAGCAUAUUUUGCAAUUACACUUGAAAGGUGUACCCAAACAAGGGUGUGAUUGCAAUUCAACUAUUGAAUCCAACGCCGAAGUUGAUAUUUUGGAACACGAUUUAGAAAAUAGUACUUCAACAGAAAUAGCACUCGCUGUUAUUACGAAGUAUAGAUUAUCGGAGUCGAUGGAGCAUUUACAAAAACCCAUGACGCCUUUUACAAAAUCCGUAACAGAGAAACUGACCGCUACGGAACCUGACACUAUUGAAGAUGAUACAAAAUUUGCAGACGUUUCUUAUUGUGAAGAAACAAAACAGCAUUACUAUACUCCAACUAGAAACGCCAUUUUUGAACCUCGGCAAAUGAAAAAACUUCAUCGAGCACCACCUUCGUUUACACAAGCCUUUCAGAAACCGCAAAAUGGUCUAAUGGGCAAAUUCUGUAGGUACUGUCCACGCUCUUUUCCAAAAACGAAACAUUUUAUACGGAAGGAAAGUACGUCGCCGCAAACUACUGCCAUUUCAGAUAUAGGACAUGUUCGCAUGUGCUACAGAGACCAAUACACUACUCCUAGUCACUUAUAUCGUGAAAACAAGUACACGUGUGAUUGUUACAACGCCAUCCGUCGAACAAUAAAUCUGCCAAAUCAAGAAGACAACGAUAAUUAUAACCAAGACGAAACUGACAAUCAUUAUAACACUCAAUUGUACCACUGCCACCGAUGUCAGAAAAGUGAUAAUUUGCAAAACAGUGUUACGCAAUUGGAAAAAUGCGGUCGAUCGUGCUCGUGUAUGGAUACUGAUGAAAUGAGGGCUGGUAAUACUGUUGAAUUUUCUUUGAAAGAAUUAUCAAGUACAAUCCACUUAGGGAAUCAUGCAUGUCCAUGCCAAGAUGAUUGCCAUUGCUACGACUUUGUCUUCCAAUCUCGUCCAAAAGUACUUCGUACACCGCCAUGACAUUGUACAGUUCUGUUUUUGAAAUAAAAUAAAAAUAUUUUCUUUAGUGUAA